CUUUCCGAAUGUUCACAGAUGAUAUGAAGUUCAGGGAAAAUUAGCUAUUACUCUAUUACUAUGGCAACUGGAAAUGACAAAAUGGUGGAUCCAAACUCAUACGUGGUAGCCAUUUUGUUGCGUUUCCAACCAAUCUUAAUUUCAUCAAACAUCAGUAGAAGAAGAUCACAAAAACACAAUGUGCCCCGUUUGUUUUUGGAUACGAAAUACACACCAGUAUACAGGAGCGGUUUUGGGUUCCUUAUGACAUCUUCGUUGCUAAUCAGUUGUCGUUGCUACUCUUCUAGUUCAAAAGGCGAGAAGCCAAUUUCUUUGAAAUAUCCUGGGAUAUAUGUGAAGGAUUUUCUGUAAAAGCACAGAUGUCGCCCAGUCGUGUACGCCUUGCUCGUCUACAAGCGCGUAUAUGCCCAGUUGUGCUAAUAAAGUUAGCAUUUCCAGUGUGAAAUGGCGCGCUUUUUGCUUUCGGAAGGAACUGAAGCAAGUCUAGCCCCGAAGCUAUUCUUUUUUUCUGGACGUUGCGUAUUGCAGUAAAUAUUUGGAAAACCUGUUACAUAAUGUUUAUGCUUUUAUUUAUUUACGCACUCACUUUCUCUUAGCUCACUCGCUGACGUUGCUAAUGUCGCUAACAUUGUGUGCUGCAGGAUGUCCUGUCUAUUUUGGUUUACUUUCAAUAAACUCGGGGGGGAAUCCUAUAAGAAUGGGAUGUCUGUGGUUUACCCAAAACUCUUCAUAUAAUGUUAAUUUUUUUGUAACACUUUAUUAGACACCGGCGUCGUGAGACUGUCAUAGGUACUUAUUAAUUACAACAUGACACUGUAAUGAGCAUUAAUGAAUGCUUAUGACAGAUCAUUAAGUGUCGUCAGGUAAAUUUUGUCUCUAUGUCCAGUCUGCAUUUUAUACAUCUAUUCAAAAGUGACAUAAUUUGCUGGAUGACACUUAUAACAUCUGUCAUAAGCAUUCAUUAACGCUCAUGACAGUGUCAUGUCAUAAUUAUGUUGCUGUUAUGACGCAGGUGUCAAAUAAAGAGUCACCAAUUUUUAAAAAGUUUUUCUCGUAACGUUUCAAGGAAAAGGUCUAUUGUAAUGUGAGAAUUUGUUCUCAAAAUGUUUUACUUAAAUUUUUUGCUAUACAUGUGGCGGAAAACACUCAGGUGGCUUGAAGUUCCGCUCUGAGACCCCCAAUUUGGCCAAAUUUCAAAAUGGUCCUAUAUGCAUGUAUGAUCCAUCAUUGGAAAGCUUAAGAUCUCAAUUUUCUGGAGGAUGAACAUUUUGAACAGGAGCGAAUUAAAAUUUUUAUUAAUUUUUUAAAACCCCUAAACCCUAACUCGAGGUGAGGGCAUGAGAGAGCAUAAUUAAAGAUGCCUACGAUGCGUACCGUAUUUUUUGGACUAUAAGUCGCUUUUUUGGGGGAAAUUUACUUAAUAAAAUCCAACACACAGAAAUUAUAUGUCAUCUUUAAAGGCAAUUUAAAAUGAAAAUACAAUAGAGAACAACAUGCUGAAUAAGUGUACACUAUGAUAAUAUAUGAUGCAUGAACAACGAAAUGCGAACGUGGCCAGUAUGUUAAUGUAACAUAACUAUUAAGAGAUAACUAUAGCAUAAAGAACAUGCUAACAAGUUUACAUAACCAAUCCCUGCCACUCCAAAACUCAAAAAUAAGCCGGACUUUUAAGGAAUUUUAUGGGUGAAAAACGGUAAUGUAACAAGGGUCGUGAUGCAAAAAUCGCAGACAUGAAGGUGUGGUCGAGAUUUUCUUUUUCAAAUAUUUACCCUUUUAAACGUCCCCCCCCCAAUUAUUCUUUGUUUGGAUCGAUUACUUCUCAUCUAAAAUAUCAGGGAAAAUGCAACUAACAAAAAAAAAAAAAAAAAAAAUACAAUUAAGCGAUAGUUAUUAGAUAUCCGUGACCUAUCAACAGACACUAUUUUUUUCAUUAUGACGUAAGUUGUUUAAAAGUUUAAAGUAUGCAAGUGAAUAAUUUUUUAAAGUAUUUUUUUUCUAAACUAAAUAUUAGACAUCAAAGAUUCUGAUGUCAAUGAUAUGGUCAAUGAAGCGAUAUUCAUGAGGUAGAUAUCCGUGACCUUUUUACAGACGCUAUUUUUGUCAUUGUGACGUAAUUUGUUUAAAAGUUUAAAAUAUGCGAGUGAAUUAUUUGUUAAGUUUUUUUUUUUUUUUUUUUAAACUAAAUAUUAGACAUUGACCUCAUUCUAAGCUAAAAAUCAUAUACAUUUCGAAUGAUAAAUAUAAUUACCUUCUUUUUAUGGCUGGAUUGAAACAAAAGUGGUUGCACGGUGUCUGUAAAUGGGGGUCUCCAGGGUAAAACAGACAAAUUAAAACUAGUUCGGGGGCUUAAUGCGCCAUGAAACUACUAUGGCAGCAUAUUGUUCUAUCAAACACAACAGUUCUUUUGGCUUAAAAUACAGCCGUUUAUUUUAAAGAGGGGUGCAAGAGCAGAAACUAUUUUUCCAGCCUUGUCUGUGUUUUCCGCCAUAUAUAUAUAUAUAUAUAGUAUUGAAUCAUGGUCUAUUUAUAAUUCAAUAUUCCAAUUAACAUCAAAACAUUACCAUUAUAUUUUAAUUAUCACUUUUUUCGUAAAGUGAAAAUUAUUGUCAACUAUUCAGAAUUUCCAUUUGACAAUGACUUUUUCUGCCAUUACAAAUUUUACCAAUCAACAUUACAAUUUAUUCAGAUUACAAUAUUCUGCUCAUUCGUAUUUUUCUUGUGCAGUUGCCAUUUUGUUUACUUUAAAAUUACAUAGUGAUAACAACAAAAGGCUGUUAUAUCAUGACUUUUUUCAUCAUAUUUCUGUUAUUUUUCCAUAAUAUUUUUACCCAUUUAUGUCACAUUGCAACUUUUUCCGCUACUAUAUAUAUUUUUCUAACAUUUGUCAAAUUUUUCUCUCAACCUUACAUUUUUCCCUGUAAUAUUUCGACUUCUCUUUUGAAUAGUACUGUAUUUCACAUAACAUGCUCUGUUUUUAUCACAACAUUAGAACUUAGUCUUGUUUUACGUUAUUCUUUUGAUUGUCUUUUUCUCUAAUACCGUGCUAUAUUUUUACAUAAAAUUGCUCCUUUUUUUUCAUAGCAUUACAACUUUGUGGUUAAUUUCUCGUUUGUCUCGUUAUGUUCCAACUUGUAAUAUUACGGGGGGUCCACUUAGCUUUCUGCCAUUUUUAUCAUAUCACCAUUACUUAUUUUUGUAAUGUUCCGACUUUUUUUUUUUUAUCAUGAAACUUUAUUUUUCAAAGCAUUAUUGUUCUACUUUUUUCCUUUUUAAAAUCAUCCCUCCAAAAAUUAUCAUUCCAAAUUUUUUCCUACCCUCAUCAUAUAUUCUUAGAAUAGUCUGUCUUUGAUUCUUCUACCACAACAAAACUGAUCCUUGAAGAAAUGCCUUCUACACUGCAUGCGUGCGUGUGCUUGUGCUGUAGAGUACAAAGUGUUCAAUUGGGAAACCUUGGAGUUUACAUUCUUGUUGAGUCUAUAAAACCUAACUUUUGACAGGAAACUUUACACAUACACACACCUGUGCAAUGAAACGGAAGCAGAAGUAAAUGACGACCGCUGAGGUCAAACACUUCUACUUAAGAGUCAAGUUUGGAGCGGGAACUCCAGCGAGGUGCCGGUGGUCAUGUGGGCAAUCUUCGCGCCGCUGAUGCUAACCAUAGCGUUAGCCGUAGCAUUAGCUCAUGGACAAAUAUUGCAGCUUCCGCCGAUGCCGGUCAAAGAUGGCUGUUUUUUGGCGGAGUCCGAGUUGGACUUGUUCCGUUUGGAGAAUGAAGCGGUUGAGGUGUCAUUUCCUUUCUUCCGGACGGCCCUCAAACGACGGCUUGUAAAUCCGCCCGACGACGCCUACCGCAUCGUCAAGGGCGACGGAGAUGACAGCAAAGACGGUGAAGGUCGAAUCAAGCGGCUUGGCUCGAACUUGUGGCUCCUUCCCGCUCGACCGUCCGACUCGGGCAACUACACCUGCACCUUCAGAAACACAACCUAUUGCGUCCGCGGCACCGUUUCACUGCAUGUGUACGCGGCGGCAUCAGUGGACGUGGAUAAGCUGUCGUAUCUGUACGACGCCACCGUAGGAGAAGAUGUCACGCUCAGAUGUCCUGCGGGGAAUCUGGUCUCGCGGACGAGUAUCGAGUGGUUCAAGGAGAAUUUGGGCAGCAGCCUCCAAAGCAAUAGGUGGCAGACUUUGGGCCACGACGCGGCUAAGCUACACAUCCCGGCGGUGGCGCAUUCGGACGGCGGUCUGUACACAUGUCGCCUUAAGGUGCUGGUGGAGCGCCGUGCCUUCACACUCACCAGGACCAUUCGGCUUCUCGUCAUAGGCCCGGAGCAACACACGUCAGCAGAGCCCAAUUUAUCGACGGCUUUGACUCCGGCACCGCCACUGAUUGCUUGGCCGCCUAACGGUAGCGUCAUCGAGGCCUCUCACGGUUCAGCACUGGAAGUGACAUGUGUGGUUUUCACGGGGUGCGACCAGAGCGCCUCCACCAUUGUGUGGUGGACAGCAAGUGGCUUUGAAGUGGAAGCAUCCCCCCACAUAAGGAGGGAAGGGCGCGAAGCGUCGGGCUGUUGGGUGAACGCGACGCUUGUUGUCCGGGCGAUGACGGAUGAAGAGGCAGGGGCGGAGCUGACAUGCCUGGCUGAAAACCGAGAUGGAAGACGCCAAGUCACCGUCACGCUGCGCUUGCAAGACUCAAGCGGGACGUGGCUGGUAUUUGUGUGCGUUUCAACUUCCUGUUUUCUGGUGGUGGUCUCCGUCUUCCUCUACAUUCUGCUUGUUAAACCCAAACUCAAGAAGAAGAGGAAAGCGGACUACUUCCUGACACGAAACAGCAGCUCCUUCUAGGAACGCUCUAAUACUACUGUAUAUAGACCCAACUCACCAACGUCACAGAAUGACGUGUCGCUGUAUCCGGCCGCCAUAUUGUCCGUCUUUGUUUAUCCGUAUUCUCAAUGGUUUCAAUUUGUCGUGCAAUUUAUAGUGCAAUUCAUGGAAGCCCCGGUGCUUUCAGACUCUGUAAACUCAUUGGAUGCGUUGCAUAAAAGGCGUUAUGUGGAAAAGCUUCAGUCUAUCCAUUCGCCAGAUCCAUAUUUGAUGCCUAAAUCGAUAUUUUUCGACCCGCUGUCUUCGCCCUCUCUGCCUGACAUCUGCUACCCUGAUAUCUACAACUAUCUUGUCCACACAAAAUCAGACUAUUCUCACGAAAGUUUGAAAAACAAAAAAAGCAGCACUCUAAGCAACAUUACACCGUGUGACCCUUUACUUCCAAUUUCCUAAAAUGGCGACAAUCAAUUAAAAAAAAAAAAGUUGAAUGCGAUGGCCGACGCUUCAAGGAUAGGUGGAUAUUGGACUAUUUCUUCAGUAAAACACGCAACAACUGUGUCUGCCUCAUUUGCAAAGAGACAGUUGCUGUUUUCAAAGAGUUCGAUGUGACGCGAUAAUGAUAUUACCGAAGCCGACACGCUGACAUGUAUGACAACAUUACAGGGAAGAUACGCAGCGAGAAAUUAUAGCAACUUGAAGCUAGUUUAAUUUCACAGCAGCAGUAUUUCGCAAGAGCCCGAGUGUCGAAAGAGAACACCACAAAGACGAGAUUGUUGAAAUUUUGAAUUUAAAAAAAUAAUAAAGCAAAUGUGACACACAGAAGGGCUUGCUAACAUUUGUUUAAAUAUAUUGUACUAUGUAAAUCAGCCAAGGUAGCGCCCCGCAUUUUUACCACACCAAAUCUGGCCCCCUUUGCAAAAGGUUUGGACACACCUGUUUAACUGAUGAUCUGUAGACGAGGCCAGCUUCUUUUACUUGGUACCAGCUAAAUAUUAUUCAAAAUGUAAUGAUGGUGGAAGAAAUAAGCAUCUUGAAUUUGAAACUGUAUGUUGUCGGCGAUUAGCCUCGCAAUGAUCUUAAUUGUGGUUGUCAGCCCAAAACCCUCUAAAUAUAUAUUAAAUGCAUCUUACCAGAUAUAAAAUGACUACUACAUAAUCCGUGGUAAUCGUUUGGAGCCCAGUUUUCUCGUUGAAUUGCAGCAGUCCAUCUCGCUCUCCUCUCCGGGUCUCUCGGAAUACGGUAGAACUUCAAGUCUCUCCGUCUAUCUUCUCUGUUAUUGCAACCAACCGCCACACACGCCUUCACCAUUUUAUUAAUGUUAACGAGCAGAAAAAUACGCCAUAAUAGACCCUACCCACCGACGUCACAAAACCACGUGCUCGCUGUAUGGUUCCGCCCACUUGUCCGUCAUUUUGUCUCUGUAUUAGCAUUGGUUUCAAUUGAUCGAGGAAUUUAAAAUGCAUUUCAUGGAAGACCCGGUGCUUUCUGAUGCCGUAAACUCACUGGAUGUGUUGCAUAAAAGGCGUUAUGUGGAAAAGCUUCGUUCUAUACAGUCGCCAGAUCCAUAUUUGAUGCCCAAAUCGAUGUUUUUAUACCCACUGUCUUCGCCCUGUCUGCCUGACAUCUGCUACGCUGAUAUUUAUAAUUAUCUUGUCCACACAAAAUCAGCCUAUUCUCACGAAAAUUUGAAAAACUUCAAGAGCUUGGAGGCUUAUAAAUACUUCGUUGCUGGUUGGGUGAAACAGGUCCUCGUCCACGAAAAUUUGGCAGGAAUCUAUCUUGUGCUUGGAAAGGUGAGUUACGAAAUUUUCAAUCCAAAAUCUUUUGUAAUUGCUAACAUCCACUGUCAAGUCUAAUGUAUUUCAUGUCAUUUGUCAAUGGAGUUAAGGCUUUUAAUGUUUAUAUGGUUUAGUGAUAGCACUCUCACUACAUACAUACUUGUAUGUUGUCGGCGAUUAGCCUCGCAAUGAUCUUAAUUGUUGUUAUUUGUCAGCCCAAAACCCUCUAAGUAUAUCUUAAAUGCAUCUUACCGGAUAUAAAAUGACUACUACAUAGUCUGUGUUGGGAUUUGCUGGGAGAUGCCCAGUUUUCACGUCGAAUUGCAGCCGUCCAUUUCGCUCUCCUCUUUGGAUCCCUCGGAAUACGGUAAAACUUCAAGUCUCUCCUUCCAUCUUCUCUGUUAGUGCAACCAACAGCCACACACGCCUUCACCAUUUUGAUUAUUAAUGUUAAGGAGCAGAAAAAUACGCCGUAAAUAGGAGGAACGUACGUAGCCGUAACAGGUUAACACUAUGUUUUGACGGACAAUUGGGCGGUACCAUUCAGGAGAGCGGAGUUGUGACGUCACGUGGGUAGGGUCUAUAGGAGGAAUUUACCUAGCGGUAAUGCGUCAGCACGACGAGUAGACGGACAAUAUGGCGCGGAGGUGUGGUUGUGACGUCAUGUGAGUAGGGUCUAUAUGCUCAGUAGAUGGCAGUACUGUUUUUAAGCCCCGCCCAGAAAUGUUGACGAUUGUUAGUCAUCAUCGUUUACAAUAAUUGUUUUUUAAUUGAUUUUUAUUUCAAAUAUUUACUUAUUUACUUAUUAAUUAUUUCCGUAACAUUUCAAUGUCAACGAUGACUGUAAAGCUCUUUGAAAUAGGGCUGUCGAAAUAAAUUUGACUUGGAUACUGCAUUUUUCAUGACUAUUACAUUGAAAAUAUGGAAAGGAGGAUUUUAACAGAUGUGUGGAAUGAAAAAAAAAUCAUUUAUAUCUGCAACAACAUGAAAAAUUAAUGUGUUGGAAGAAACCUGAUUACCACUAUGAAAUUAGCACAAUUUUUUUAAUUAUUCCCUUUUAGAAGAUUUAAUGACUAAAGAUACUUUUAGGAACGUAGGUAUUAGAGUGGAAAUUAGAAAUUACAGUGGAAAAUAAGUAUUUGGUCAUUACCAAAAGUUCAUCUCAAUACUUUGUUAUGUACCCUUUGUUGGCAAUAACGGAGGCCAAACAUUUUCUGUAAGUUUUCACAAGCUUUUCACACACUGUUGCUGGUAUUUUGCCUCAUUCCUCCAAGCAGAUCUCCUCUAGAGCAGUGAUGUUUUGGGGCUGUCGUUGGGCAACACGGACUUUCAACUCCCUCCACAGAUUUUCUAUGGGGUUGUGAUGGGGUUGUCACAGGUUGAGAUCUGGAGACGCGCUAGGCCACUCCAGGACCUUGAAAUGCUUCUUACGAAGCCACUCCUUUGUUGUCCCGGCUGUGUGUUUGGGAUCAUUUUCAUGCUGAAAGACCCAGCCAUGUCUCAUCUUGAAUGCCCUUGCUGAUGGAAGGAGAUUUUCACUCAAAAUAUCUCGAUACAUGGCCCCAUUCAUUCUUUCCUUUACACAGAUCAGUCGUCCUGGUCCCUUUGCAGAAAAAACGCCCCAAAGCAUGAUGUUUCCACCCCCAUGCUUCACAGUGGGUAUGGUGUUCUUCGGAUGCAAUUCAGUAUUCGUUCUCCUCCAAACACCAGAACCUGUGUUUUUACCAAAAAGUUCUAUUUUGGUUUUAUCUGACCAUAAGACAUUCUCCCAGUCCUCUUCUGGAUCAUCCAAAUGCUCUCUAGCGAAUUGCAGACAGGCCAGGACGUGUACUGGCUUCAGCAGGGGGACACGUCUGGCAGUGCAGGAUUUGAGUCCCUGGCGGCGCAUUGUGUUACUGAUAGUAGCCUUUGUUACUGUGGUCCCAGCUCUCUGUAGGUCAUUCACUAGGUCCCCCCGUGUGGUUCUGGGAUUUUUGCUCACCGUUCUUGUUAUCAUUUUGACGCCACGGGGUUGCAUGGAGCCCCAGAUCGAGGGAGAUUAUCAGGGGUCAUGUAUGUCUUCCAUUUUCUAAUAAUUGCUCCCACAGUUGAUUUCUUCACACCAAGCGUUUUACCUAUUGGUGAUUCAGUCUCCCCAGCCUGGUGCAGGUCUACAAUUUUGUCUCUGGUGUCCUUCGACAGAUCUUUGGUCUUGGCCAUAGUGGAGUUUGGAGUGUGACUGACUGACGUUGUGGACAGGUGUCUUUUAUACAGAUACUGAGUUAAAACAGGCGCCAUUGAUACAGGUAACGAGUGGAGCCUCGUUAGACCUUGUUAGAAGAAGUUAGACCUCUUUGACAGCCAGAAAUCUUGCUUGCUUGUGGGUGACCAAAUACUUAUUUUCCACUGUAAUUUGGAAAUAAAUUCUUUAAAAAUCAAACAAUGUGAUUUUCAGUUUUUUUCCCCCCACAUUCUGUCUCUCAUGUUUGAGGUUUACCAAUGUUAACAAUUACAGGCCUCUCUAAUCUUUUCAAGUAGGAGAACUUGCACAAUUGGUGGUUGACUAAAUACUUAUUUGCCCCACUAUAUGUCCCUACCGUCCCAAUGCAAACCUACGGCCUUACUUGUUUCAUUGUGUACGGCAAUGUGAAGAAGUUUUGGGAUCAGGUAAAAAGUACUCCAGAGGGAGUGGUUUUAAAAGACCUUCCACUUGAGCCAAAGCUUUUAUUGUUGGGAUUGUUUCCAGUGGAACAGAAUUACAGUAAAAAUGAACAUACUCAUAUUUAUCUUGAUUUAACAAUGGGAAAAAAAACGUACUGCACCGGUUUAGAAUUCGAGUCACGGACCAAACCAAGCAGUGGAUGAAUCAGAUGCUAUCAAUAAUCCUUCUGGAACGUAUGACACACAGGGCAAACAACAUAUUUUUGAGAACUUGUGGGUACCUUUUAUUAGUUAUGUCAAGAAGAUGAAACUAAUAUGAGGAUUACUGGAUCAAGCUGAGGACUUUAAUUUUUUGUUUAUGUAGGCGGGGAAGAAUGAAAAAUAGAAAAAAAGGAAGUUGGAGGUUAAUCAUGAUAGAGGAACAUUUGUUUAUUUGUAUUGUUGGUGUGGUGUUUAGUGAUAUUUUUUGAUCGUGUUAAUUAUCACUUUGAAAAUCAAUCAAAAUGCUGUGUGAAGGAAAAAAUUGUUUUUUAACAUAGCUGCAGAAAAUGAUCCCUUUAUAGGGCAAGUGAUUAUUUUUAGUCAUAUGCCAUUUCUCAAUUUAUUGUUAUUUUAUUAGAUGUUUUUUUUAAUAUUACAAAUGAAUGAGAUUAUACACGAAUCAAAUUUGAUUAAAAACUAUUAAAAUGAAUAACAAUAAAACUAAAUUGUACUUAUAAUCCCAAUAGAACUCUAAGUAAGGAAAGGCAAUGCAAAUUUAUUCACAAUUUAACACAAGGUUAUUCAGUGUGCUUUACACUGCUAGCCAGAAGUAUUGGAACCCCUGCAAUUCUGUCAGAUAAUGCUCAAUUUCUCCCAGAGAAUGAUUGCAAUUACAAAUGCUUUGGUAGUGAUAUUUUCAUUUAUUUUGCUUGCAAUGAAAAAACAACACAAAACGGGGGGUCAAAACUUCAAAAAUGGACCGGACAAAAGUUGACACCCUUUGAAAAAUCAAGUGAUGCUUCUCUAAUUUUUGUAAUUAACAGCACCUGUUACUUACCUGUGGCACAUAACAGGUGGUGGCAAUACCUAAAUCACACUUGCAGGCAGUUAAAAUGGAUUAAAGUUGACUCAACCUCUGUAAUGUGUCAUUGUUUGUACCACAUUGAGCAUGAAGAAAAGAAAGAACACCAAAGAAUUGUCUGAGGACUUGAGAAGCAAAAUUGUGAGGAAGCAUGGGCAAUCUCAAGGGUACAAAUCCAUCUCCA